AAACUCUCACUUCCCUGUUGACACAGUGUGGAAGGCAGCAGGUACUAAGGCAGAGCUAGAUAGUGACUGAACUCUCACUGGCCUCUCAUUCAGGAGAAAAAGAAUGCUUUACACUGAGCUGCUGCGGCUGUGGGAUGAGGCGGUGCAGGCAGUGGACACAAAGGACUGGCAAGGAGCUUUGGCCAAACUCCAACAGAUCAGUGAACCCACAUCUCGCACUCUGUUCAACGCUGCCUCAGCUCACCUGGCUCUUGGACAGCUGGACCUGGCCCUGAAGGCAUUAGACCUCACCAUUGCCAAGGACGAACGUCUUGCUGUUGGUUUCUUCCAAAGAGCAGCAGUGUUGCUGCAGAUUGACAGGUUGGAGGAGGCGCUGUCAGACUGUAUCUGGGCACAGAAGCACAUGAGAGGAAACAUGGUCAUUGACUACAAACAGCUAGGACUGCGAUUUAAACUCUACAGCUGGCAGGUGUUAUAUAAUGCUGCAGCUGUGUACUGUCAGAUGGGCCAGUGGGAGAAGGCCAGAGAGGUUCUGCUAUCAGCCUCCCAGGAGAGAGGAGGAAGUCGAGGGGGAAACAUAGAGGUGGCUUUGGACAGCAUCCUGAAGAAGGAUCUCCUGCCCCCUCUCCUGGUCCCUGAGGGUGUGGUGUUUCGUCCUAGGAAACAGGAUGUGGAGCAGCUGCAGCAAAGAGACUUCCUGGGCAAAGCAAAGGUGAUUUCCUCCAUGAUUCCGAAUGAUGAUUUUGGAGGCUUUGAACCUCUGAGGCUGCAGAAACCUGGUUUCUAUGAGCCCAAGGUGGAUGGAGCGCAAGAUUCUCGAUACAUGCGUGUGCGGACCGCUUACAUGGCUCGGGGCCCAGGACAGUUGACCGUGCCGGGAGGGGCCAUGGUGUUUUUAUUUGGCGAGGAAGACCGGGAUGGCAUGGCAACUGUCAUAUAUGACGGACAGAGAGGACUUCUUCCAAUGUCCCUGCUUGAAUCUGCAGAUGUCAAGACAUCCAAAGGGAAAAAGGAGAAUAGAGUUCCUAGUGGAAUCCCCCUCCCACCAGGACUCAAGCCACCCACUCGCCCAAAGCCGCAGCCCAGCCCUGCACCCUCUCCUCAGGUACAUUUUACCUCAGACACUCCACCUCCAUCCUACACUGCCACCUAUGCAGUGCUGCCAGCCUCAGAGCCUCCCAAGUACACAGCCAACUCAUCCAGUGACCAGCACGCUGGUAAAGCUCAGGGAGCAGAGGCGGGCUCUGUGGUGGUGAAGGUCCACUAUACUUACACUGUUGCUCUGUCUGUUCCUCUGGAGACAUCGCAUUAUGACUUAAAGGAAAGCAUCGCACAGAAAUUGGGCCAGCCAGCGUCUCAUCUGCGCCUCAGAUAUAAACAACAUGGCUCCCGGGUGCUGAUACCUCUGGAUGGGGAGGUAGAGCGAGGCCUCACUGUGCAGGAGGUGGCUGAGGCCGGCAGAGCCACCCUUUGGUGCCAGAAAGAGGACCCCCUGCACAACCGUAUCAUGCUCUACCAGAUGGUGGCUCUGUAUGAUUACGCUGCUCAGGGCCCAGAGGACCUGGAGUUCAGCGAAGGAGACACCAUUGACAUCCUGGGUGAAGUUAAUGAGGAGUGGUUGGAGGGACAUUGUGCAGGAAAUAUCGGCAUCUUCCCCAGCUGCUUUGCCUACAGGGAGAAUGGCAACAUCACCCAGAGCCUCGAGUUAUAGAAAUAGACGUGUUACUGUAUAGUCAUCUCUAAUAAACAUAUUAACCUAUGAAUGGAGGCUGUUUACUGCCUUGGAAGACCCAAACUACACACUUAAAGGCACAUACAGUGUGCUCAGUAAUGACUUUAUUAUAAAUGACUAUAUUACAAAGAUUUCUUUCUCAUAUGCUAUCACUAUAAUGUUACUAUAGUGGCUCACUAGUCUAUGUAAAUGCUCUGUAUUUGUAUAGUGCCUUUCUUGUCUUUUCGACCACUCAAAGCGCUUUUACACUACAUCUGCAUUCACCAGUCACACACAUUCAUACACUGAGCCUAAGUGCUCAAACAGAAACUACCAUUCGGGGUUCAUUAUCUUGUCUAAGAACACUUCGACGUGCGGCCUGGAGGAGCCGGGGAUUGAACCGCCGACCUUCCGAUCAACGAAAAAAUGAAAAAAUCAAUAUGUGGCGGUCAGCUUUGGUACAGUGGCAGGUAGCCACAAAUAAUCAGUGUAUGGGAAACACUGGAGUGAUGAUGUAAAUGUGCCAAUAUUAUGUAGCUGCAGUUUCAGGACCCCCGCAAUUCUGGGACCGCAGUUCUAGGACUGUAGUUCUUUUGCGACAACGGCAUCUAGUGGAGUGGGGGUGGUAACGCACAGCAACACCGAAGGAGGUUAACCCUGCCUUCCAGGACGUCGGCCGGUCGACAUGUAUAUUGCAGAACACAACAGAACACGACAAUAUAAUCAAUAACUUAAGUUUAGGCACACACUUGGUGGUUGUGGUAAGGGUAAUUGGCUUCAGGGGGUUGUAAAGAGUAACAUAGCUAGCUGGCUAGCCAGCCAGACAGCUAGUUGGCAGUAUCAAAGUAAACAAGGGUCCUAGAAAUGUAGUUCUGGUCCUAGGAUUGCAGUCCUGAAACUGCAGCAGAUACACUUGGGAUGGUGGUGCCUGAUUAAAUGUAAUUAAGAUGAGCUUGAACAUAAGUGUGUUUUUAGUUAGAAAAACAAGAGGCUCAAUGUUCAGUUUAUUAGCAAGUAAGUUAGCAACUGGGACAGGAAGAGAAACGCCUCAGAAGUUGCCUGAGAAUCCUCUGGCUUUUAAGAUCUCUUCAGUAUCAAAUUAAUUCAUAGUUGUCAGUACAUCCAGUGGCAUGCAGCAAACAUGAACUGUUAUUAGUUAAUUCAGCGAACUGUAUAUUAAUGAAUCAUACACGUAUUAAAAGGGUCGGGUUAAUUUUCGGUCAUUAUUUAAAUAUAUAUAGCCUACACCAUACUGGGCUCAUUUGGAGUAAAGCUCAGCAUUAAAGCACGGUAUGGACAAGCACUUAAUGGCAAAUAAAGAUGUCUUUAUUAACUAA